AUGGCAUCGAUUCCACCGCCUCCAUUCUUCCUCGUAACUCCGGGAACUCCGCCCGUUCCGUGGACUCAGUGGCGAGGUAUGUUUGAAACUUACACUGUUGCAUCAGCUGCAAAUACGUAUCCUGCCGUACGUAAACGUGCGUUGUUACUGCACUGCCUUGGCACUGAAGGUCAGCGUGUUUUCCAUACGCUUCCACAAGAGAAUGCAGGGGAAAAUGAAGAUGAAUUUGAUUCUGCUCUCCGGGUGCUUGACAGACAUUUCAAACCCAAACUGAACGUGGUUGCUGAAAGAUACAGAUUUCGCAGACGUUCACAGUUGCCAGGGGAAUCCGUUGAUGAUUACAUCCGAGAGCUACGUGCCUUAGCAUCAUCGUGUAACUUUGGUAACAUGACAGAUGAGCUGAUCAGGGAUCAAUUUAUUGAGCGCACAUACUCUACUCAGAUUCGAGAGCGCCUACUGCUUGAACCAGAUUUGACACUUACUGAUGCAAUUACAAUUUCGCGUCAAGUCGAGUCGGCAUUGCGUGAAUCCAAGAUCAUCGGGGAGAAUUCUAGCCAUACUCCAGAGGCAGAUGUACAUGCAGUUACACACCGAAAACCCCGACAGCAAAAUCGCAAACCACGCAAGCAUCGCAACACUACAGAGCACCCUCCGCAACAAUCGAGACCAGCACCGCUGCAGUCACAGAUUUGCUACCGCUGUGGUGAACAAUCGCACAAAGCAAAUGAUCCAAACUGCAAAGCCAAGUACGCUACAUGCUCUAAAUGUGGAAAAAUAGGGCAUUACGCACGUGUUUGCCGGUCUGGACAGAGAUUUCAAUCUACACGCAAUCAGGUUCAGGGAGUGUUCACCAGUGAUAAUCCCGUUGCACCUCAUCCAGACUAUCAAGACUCCAACGUCUUGACCAUUCAGCACAUUGCACAUGCUGAUAGUGUCAAAUGCUCCGUACUCCUUGGCCAAUCCGUGCAACUCGCGAUGACUGUUGAUACUAGCGCUGCCGUGUCAAUAAUUCCUGCAUCCACAUUCGGAAAGUUCUUCGCACGUGAGGCAUUGCAACCUUCAACAGCUAAACUCACUACUUACCUGCACGAACCGAUUACAGUACUGGGUACAUUCCACACCACUGUUCGUCUUGCGAGUAAUCCUGAGCGUUGUGUUCCUGCGCACAUUUUCGUUGUACAGUCUGGCAUCGCUAUCAUGGGACUAGACUUGAUCCGACGCCUGGAUAUUACAAUCACAGGUGGUAAGGUCAUGCUCGUGAAUGGGAACGACUCGAAACCCUCAUCGUCAACUCCUCCAGCUCCGACUGCAACUACUCCAUCCGACCAAACUUCAAUGGACAUGCGCAAACAAUACCCCGAGCUCUUCAAUAGGAAAGUUGGACUUGCAACAAACUACGUACACAAAGUCAAAGUACGCCCAUCCGUCCCUCCAAUGCAGCAAAAACUCAGAAAUUUGCCAUUCUCGAUACGCGACGAAGUCGCAAAUGAACUGAAACGUCUCGAAGACGCAGACAUCAUUGAGCGUAUCGACGCCAGUGAAUGGGUGUCACCACUGGUGGUCGCAUACAAGAAAUCCGGAAAGGUGAGACUUUGUGUGGAUCUCCGCGAAGUCAACAAAGCGGUCAUUGUUGAUAAGUAUCCACUUCCAAACAUUCAAGAACUACUAGGGGAACUCCAUGGAGCCAGUGUUUUCAGCUCCCUUGACAUGAAUUCCGCGUACCAUCAACUACUACUACAUGAAGAUUCGCGUGAUCUCACAGCCUUCAUUACACAUGUUGGUUUGUUCCGCUUCAAGCGCGUCUGUUUUGGAUUGGCAUCUGCACCGUCGGCUUUCCAAAAACUCAUGUCGUGUGCUCUAAGUGGUCUUGCUGGAGUACAAUGUUACCUUGACGACAUUGUCAUCUUUGGUCGCGAUCAAAAGGACCAUGAUGCCAAUCUCUCCGCAGUGCUGAACCGCCUUACAGAACUAGGUGUCACGCUGAACUAUGACAAAUGCCACUUCAAUUUGUCAAACCUCCGCUUCUUGGGCCAUACCGUUUUGUCCGAAGGCCUUACUCCAGAUCCAACACACGUAGAGGCUCUACUAAAUGCUCCAAAACCUACCGAUCCAUCUACACUCUGA